AUGGCGUUGCCUCCAAAGUGGUAUCAGUUCCUGGUCUCUGUCUUCGCGUCCCUAGGCAGUGUGCUCUACGGAUAUGAUCUCGGUGUCAUCGCAGGCGCUGUUGCGUCGAACAACUUCGUCGCGACCUUUGACCCGACCAAAGCUGAAACGGGGGCUGUCGUGUCGGUCUUCACAGGAGGCGCUUUCUUUGGAGCAGGGCUUGCAGGUCCCGCUGGCGACUAUCUUGGACGCAAGAAGACGAUCUUGCUCGGUGCCCUGAUCUUCAUCUUAGGAGGUGGACUACAGGCUGGCGCUCAGAAUUUGGGAUAUCUCUAUGCUGGACGAGCAAUUGCUGGACUUGGCGUUGGCUUUCUUGUCAUGAUUAUCCCCCUCUACCAGGCCGAGCUCGCGCAUCCUGAUAUCCGUGGCCGUGUGACUGCGUUGCAACAGUUCAUGUUGGGAGUUGGAGCGCUGGUGAGUAAAUCCGAAGGGCAGAAGACAUCAACUGUCUGGAACAUGCGCGCGGCAUCCCUAGCUUAG